AUGUCAUUUGGUGGAAUCAAUACAUUUCAGCAGUACAACACGGAUUUGGGAUUGGGCCAUAACGGUGUCAGAAUUUCCUUAAACUAUUUUGAUGGUUUGCCCGACUCAAGUCUUUCAAAUUCUUUGUCCUCAAACGAGUUGAAACUCAUCUUCAAGUCUCUUCUAAAGAGAGAUGAAACCACAAAGGAAAAGGCAUUAACGGAUCUUUCCAUUUUGAUCAGUGAUUUUGAUCAGAAUGAAUAUCUCUUCAAUGAUAUUUUUCUCCUUUGUUGGUCGCAGGUGUAUGCUAAACUAAUUGUCAGUGAUUACAAGGUUAUCAGACUACAAUCUCAUCAAAUUACUAUAAUGCUUAUCAAGACCCUUAAAAAGAAAAUAUCCAAAUUUUUGAAGGAUUUUAUCCCUUUGAUUCUACUGGGAACAUGCGAGCUAGAUUACGGUGUAGCGAAACCCUGUUUCAAUGAAUUAAAAGAUUGUUUCAAUAAUGAUUCAGCAAAGAUAAAUGCUCUUUGGGUUGUAUUUCGAGAACAGCUAUUGGACUUAAUAAAAGAAACUGUUUUGAACGAAAAUGAGGAUACCAUUUCCGAUGAACGUUACUCGACCAAGGAAGAAUCUGUGUUUAGGUACCAUAGGAUUAUAGCAAGUGCAGUAUUGCUGCUGAUUAAACUUUUAGCCCAUAAUAAAGAUAUUUACGAACAUAAAUCUUCUUGUAUCAAGGACAUCCUUUCUGAUGAGUCAAUCUGGAAGUUGUUGAACUUGAAAAUUAACCAAAAUACAAACAUUUUCGAAACAGUUCUUCAGUUGAUUGGUGUUCUUUAUGCAAGUCGGUACACAGAUUCCAAUGAAGAUAUAUUAAAGCUAGCGGUGAAGAGGUUAUUCAAAUCACUAGCACACGUCUCGUCAAAGAAUAUUUUGAAAGUGUCUCCUGUGCUUCCAUCUAUGAUAAACCUUUUAGCCACGCUAAAUAAUUUUAAGGAGGGGGAAAUAUGGACAUACGACAAGUCUUCCAAAAACAAACUACUAGGAUUUUUGUCGGUUUCUUGUACUUCACCGUCGCCAGGGUUUUUCAAGAGUGUUUUAGCGUUGUAUACCUCGACUAAAAGUCAGAGUUUUCUUGAUUAUGAUCUCGAAUGGCUACCUAUUUGGCAAAAAUCCAUUCAAAGAUUGAACGAAAAGACCUUUUCGGGUAGAAACGGCGCUGAGGUUCUCAAUGAAUUCUGGGCAAAUUUUUUGACGUUUGCUGAGGAUUCAUUGGAAAAAAAGGUUGAAGAAAUGGUGGAGUUAGAGAUUUUCAACACUCUGUCCAGCGGAAAAUCUUUGGUUGAGUUUACAAAUUUGAACCGCACUCUUUGCGAUGCUCUUCCAUCUGGUAGGUGGGAAAAAGAAAUUGAACAUUUCUUUAAAUCAGACGACGAAACAAGGAAAAGAAAACUUUAUUACGAAAAGAAUCUUUUCGCCUUAUUAGUAAUCGCUCCUAAUAACGAAUCCGCAAUUAUUUCUUUGUUCGACUUUUUUGCCCGGUUGAUCGAAACAGGUCCUUCAAACGUCUUUACCAUAUACAAAGGUGUGUAUGAAGAUCUCAAUUACUUUUUGGAUUCUGAGAUGGUUUUUCUGAGUGAAAAAAUCAACAAUUUCAUAUAUGAGAUUCCAACAUGGGUUGAAGAAGCUACGUAUCAAAAUUUUGCUAGUAUCAUGGCGCACUACUCAAAAUCCACAUUUUUCAAAACGAAUGAAACGGCUGAUGCAAUAACUUCAUUAGAAGAUUUCUUCACUGUUGCACUUUCUCUCAAUGUCCCAAGAGCAGUUGUUCUGAACACAAUGAAUGAGUUGAGUAAUGAUGCUUAUGAACGACUAUCAAGGUCGGAUUCUCUCGAGUUGGAGUCAUAUAUUGAGGAUUAUUUGAAAAGCUACAGAUUUGACAGUAACGAGGAAUUAUUCAGUGGUAAGAAGAGAUUUUUAAAUCAAAAGACAAUUAUCACACUUUAUCGCAGUGCGGCUACUAAUGAUCAAAUUGAACAAUUUUGUGCUGUUUUACCCCAUUUGGAUAAAAAGCUUUUUUCAGUGCUACUUUUAGAUACUGACUUUCUUUCUGGUGCUUUAUAUGAAGUUUCACAGAGCACUAAUGAAGAACUUUUUAAGUCCUCAUUACGGUUGGCUAAGGAAAAUUCUAGAAUUGCUGCUAAAUUAGCUCAAGUGAUUUUACAACAUGCGGAGGUCCAUUUUACCCUUGCAACAAAAGAAAAAUAUAUCAGCCACGCUGUACAGCUUAUAAAUGACUGCAGUGAAGCUGCUGUGGAAUUUUUCCCUAUUGGUACGGCCGGAAUUUUUGCCAAGUACGUACCAACGAUCGAUUAUAGAUCAUCUUUGGUGAACAUUUUAGGUAUGAAUACACAUUUACUUGACACCGACAACAAGCCUAUGAAUUCAAAAAGCACCCAAAAACUGAUAAGGUAUGCCUUAUUCCUAGAUUCACUGCUUAAGGUUUCACCAGAGUACGUCAGUAACCGUAUGAUUGCAUUUAUAACAGUAGUUUCCGAACUAGUCAUUGACUACAAUUGCCUUUCUGAAGAGCCAAAUGAUUCUUAUUACGAUUUCGAGCAUACUUUUUUCAGACAUAAUAAAGCUAAUCCCGAUUUUUCCCUUAUUGUUGAAAGCUUCAUGCAUCCUGCUGAUGGGGAUGUUCCUUUAUUUACGACUGAAGUUGCCGAAGGUAAUUAUGUCUACUUCUUUUAUUACUCGAGAGUAUUAUACAAAGUUUUGAUGAAUGGCAUUGAUACAGUUUCAUCUUCAAAAGUAAACGAAUUUUUACCAUUAAUUGAGAAUUACAUAACUAAAACUGUAAGAAAUCAAAAGUCUACCGAUAAGGAUUACGUUUUGUGUGCUAUACUACUUUUGGUAUUUAACAGGGCGAACUGUAAAGGCGAGAUGAGUAAAGUAAGAACAUUAUUGGCGUCUCAGCUGAUUGGGAUCGGAGAAAUGGAACUAGUCGAUCGCGAGUACAAAUCAUUAAUUCUUUUAAAUAAUUUGUUGGAUACUUCAAGUGGGGAUGACAAAUUUGUUCCUAUAGCACCACAGAGGUUGAAUAUGGUAUUCCGUUCAAUAGGAAAAUGGUUAGAUGGUGGUCUUGCCUAUGAAUCUAGCUUUAUUACCGUUAGAUUGGUGUUGCUUGAAUUUUUUACCAAGUUGCUGAGAUUUGAAGGAGUUAGAGACUUGGGUGUAACAGCUUUUCAAAUCUCCGACAGGUUGUUGGCAGAUUCCCUCUCAAUGUGUCAAAUUGACGAUACUUUGUUUUUAUUGGAAUUACGCUCUUCUUGUUUAAGCUUACAUGAUACCUUGUCGUUGAGCGUUUACCGAAAUGAUAAAGAAGUUUCACAAUAUAGUGAUGAGAUCUUUGAAAAUCUAAUUGAAUUAGCCUUCCUAAACUAUAGCCAAGAAAGAAAAAACCAAAUCUCCACGCUUUUUUAUAAAAAAAUGAACAAGGCCAUUUCCUCAAUGAAGCUUGAAAAUUUGGAAGCACAAUAUGAAAGAAUUUUCGAUGCUGUUCUGUACAACAAGGAGAUCGGUGACAAUAUCAACCAAUUAAGAUUGCUAACAAGUUUGUUAGGAUCUUUGAUCCUGAAAACACAGCAGGAAAAUACAAUUGAGUACGAAUUGAAGGUUCAAAAUCAAAUCGGGUCAGAUGAAGAUGAUGACGAUUCUAAUGAUCAUGUGAACUCCAAAUUUAAACUUCCUCAAGAAUUGUUACAGAAAGUAAUCAAUAAUGUACCAAAAGAAUAUCUUGAAUACGAAGAUAAAAAUACAUUUAUUAAAUACCUUUGGUAUUUGCACUUGAUACUAAUGUAUUUUCAAGAUACAUCUUAUAAUAUGAGACAGUUAUUUAUUGACCAGUUGAAGGAAGCAGAUUUGAUAAAUAAGAUGUUUGACUUCAUUACUGAUCAAAUAGAUCUACGAGAUACUGAGUUUUGGAAACAGGUUAAUAUCAAUGAGAUUUCAGGAUACGACAUUAUUUCAAAUGAUUUCUCUCCCUAUAAGGAAGAUAUAUUCGAAGAAUGUAAAAAACUGCUUGGUCAUACGCUGUACCAAUUAUUCAAUAAUGUCGGUUCUUUGACGAGCACAUGGUGGAUAAAUAUUAAGGAUAGAUCAUUGCAAAAUGAUAUUGAAAAAUUUGUUGCCCAAUUUAUCUCACCCAUUCUAAUCAAUAAUGAAUUUAAUGAUAUCAAUUCCAAGAUGGACAACCUAACGUCAAACGAUGAUGCAUUAACUAUUAAGUUGAACAAUAUUACUAAUGAAGUAAAAGCAAGUUAUUUGAUUGAUGAACAGAAGUUGGAAAUCUCCUUCAAAUUACCAAAAAACUAUCCUUUAACGAACAUUCAAGUCACAGGUGUUUCCAGAGUUGGUAUAAGUGAACAGAAAUGGAAACAAUGGAUAAUGUCUACACAACACGUAAUUAUUGGUAUGAACGGAUCCGUUUUGGAUUCGUUGGAGCUCUUUACCAAGAACGUUCACUUGCAAUUUUCUGGUUUUGAGGAGUGUGCUAUAUGUUACUCUAUUUUACAUGCCGUGGAUAGGAAGUUGCCUUCAAAGACGUGUCCAACUUGUAAAAACAAGUUCCAUGGUGCAUGUCUUUACAAAUGGUUUAGGUCCUCGGGAAACAACACAUGCCCAUUAUGCCGUAGCGAAAUACCGUUUAGAAGAUAA